AUGAUGGUCGACUACACAAAAUAUCGAGUGGUAGAAUUGAAGGAGGUUCUCAAAGCUCGUCAAGUUUCAACUAAUGGCUUGAAAGCUGCUUUGGUGCAACGUUUGACAGAAUCAGAUGCCCGUCAUGUUUCCAUCGAGGAGGUGGUCAAUCGAAAGGUUACAUCAGAUGUAACUUUUACUGCACCUCCAACCCAAUCGCAAAUUGAAGUUGACAAUCUGAAGCCCGGCACUUUACUUCAUAAUAUGAAUACUCUCAAAAGCAUCCCAGGCUUCACUCCUACAGCGGCAGGUAAUAGCAUGAUCGGUCAAGAGAACAGCUAUGCCUCUGCUCAGAGCCAGAGUUUGCAAUCCGCUUUCCCGAAGAACAAUUAUGCGCAGUCCCUUCCAGACAAUAGCCAUAAUGCUGUUACAUUCAGCGAGAAUGACUUCAGUGAUGAUGAUGAUAUAGACUUGGACACCAUCUACGACUUGCCAAUGUCUCAAACAUCCUUCACUAAUUCUCAACCACAAUCUCAGCCUGGUGCGUACAGGCAAAAUCACAUGUCGCCUCCCACGCAAGCCUAUAGCAUGAUGCCACCAGCUUCAAGCUUCCAACAAGGCUAUCGUACAAUGUCACAGUCGCAAAAGUCUUAUCCACCGGCAACUCCUACUCCACGUCAGCCAUUAGCAGACAUUUCAAUUAACCAAAUGUCACCGCCAUCGUCCGCGAAGGUUUACCAAAAGCCCUUGGUCUACGCUCCCUAUUUGACGUUUUAUCAGCUAGAGCAAAUGUAUCCGAAUGGCCAAAACUUUCAGGAUGAGAAUGCAAAACUUGCACGCAGAAGAUGGUUGGCAAAGUUGGGUAUUGACGUUUCGCCAUACUACUUUGUGUUCAUUAAUGAGUCGCAAAGGAAUAAAGUUGAAAUUCAUUGGGCUUUAAAGUCUCAAGAGGAGCGCCGAGAUAUUGAACAGAAAGCCGUUCUGUUGAAGUCACCCUAUCAACUCACACAUGCAGUGCCACUAAGAUUAGCUCCUCCCGCUCUGCGAACGCCUGUUCCAAUCAACUUGAUUGGCCCAACCCCUCUAUCGUUCUACGAGUUAGAGCAAACGUACUUCGAGAUUCCCCAGGGAAAGAAUUUGGCUUAUUAUGACCUUGUUCCGAAACGCUUGGCUUGGCUUGAAUCACUUGGCUUUGAUGAUCUCAGAUAUCUACCUCUAGCGCAGAGUACACGAGAACUGCAGGCAUUGAACGAUCUCUAUGAUCAGAAACCCCGGGUAGAGCGAAGAGCUAUCGAAGCUAAAGCAAAGUAUAUCAAUGCUAAGCCCAACUUUCCAGCUCUUUCAUGGGAGACUCUAGAGAAAGAUUAUGAGAUAUACCCAGAAAGUGCAUUCACGACACACACAGCAUAUAGCGACAAACGCCGCGAAUGGCUUCAAAAGCUUGGUCUUGAUGUUAUACCGUUCUGUUAUAAACCUGCACAACUCCAUGAGGGCAAUAUGCAAGGAAUGGAAAUUGCCUGGAGUGAAAUUAAUGAGGUUGAACGCGGUAGAGUUCUUGAGAAGGCGAAAAUUAUCAAGGAAGAUAGCAAUCCAGUUGUUGAAUCAUGGGCAGAGUUUGAGUAUACAUAUGGUUUUACUAAAGAAAAAGACAGGGAGUUUAAGAAUGAUCCCGUUGGCUAUUCCAAGAAACGUGGAUUAUGGAUCAUCGACAUCGGAUUGGAUGUUGAACCUUUCAAGAACGUUGUCUCAAGUUCUACCGCUCUACAAGCAGCAUGGUCCGCAAAGCCCAUUGAGGAGAGAAAGUCCAUUGUCAACAAAGCCAAGUGGGAGAAAGAACGCUUUGUUAGGGAUUUGGCGAGAAAGAAGGCUGAAAAGGCUGGUGGCAAUUACAAAGCUCCUCCCACUGAAGUCAAGAAAACAAGCAAGCGCUCAUUCACGACUAAAUCGUCCAACUACAAGGUUUCUAAAUCCUAUACUUAUGGAAAGUAUAGCUUUGGUGGUUAUCAUGGCAGAUCCUAUUCUUCGGGUUAUGAGUCUGGAUAUGGAAGAAACAGAUAUUCGAGAUACUAG